AUGUCCCUUAGCUAUGCGUCGGAGCACACUGGCGAGGGGCACUUUGAAGGUGGGGGAGGUGGAGGUGGUACCGGCUUCGGAGAUUAUCAUCAUCAGCACCAAGACACACCCACCACUUACUCGGAGACAUCGAAGCAUGUGCCCGUCCAUGUCAUUGAGAAGGUGCCAUUGCCCAUACCACAUCCCGUGGCCGUACAAGUACCCAAUGUUAUACGGCUGCAAAUACCAGAGCCCUAUGCGGUUCAUGUUCCGGUGCAACAGGAAAUACAAAUUCCCGUUUACAAAAUAGUUCCCGAAAUAACGGAACGCAAGAUACCGUACACGGUGGAAAAACCCUACCCGGUUGAAGUCGAAAAACCGUACCCCGUCGAGGUGAUCAAGCACAUCAAAAUACCUGUGCCCAAGCCAUAUCCUGUGCCCUAUACCAUUUAUAAGCAUGUCCUGCACAAGGAGCACGGCUGGUGA